AUGGAGCGGCCCGGCGGUCGGAGGUGCUCGGCCCCCGCGCCCGCAGCCCCCGCCUCGGUGAGCCUGGCGCAGCUCUUGCAACUGGUCCAGCAGGGCCGGGAGCUCCCGGGCGUGGAGAGGCGCCACAUCGCGGCGACCCACAGCGAACCCACGGCGUCCCGGCUCCCGCCGAGGCCCAAGCCCUGGGAGGCCGCGGGAUCGGCAGAGGCCCCCGCGCCGCCGCCCUAGAACCGGGGCCCUAGAUGCCGCCGACCCUCGGGUACCGGUAGAAGAACCGCGUGGAGGGGCCCCGCGCGGCGGAGGCAGGAACUGCGCCUUCCUGAUGGCACGGAGUGGGUUCCUGAGGCUCGAGGUCCUUUGCCUCUUAGACCUGGAAGGCGUGACUGUGUCCUGCAUCAACUCGCACCCCGGAUACUGGCCACCGUUAUUCAUCUUUUGUGCAUUUGCCCCGACGGGUCUCAGCUGGACUUAAGCCUCCUGGGAGCGUCGUCAGGGUUAUCUUGUAUCCGUAUUU